AUGGCAUCAAAGUCGUUGAGAAAGACUCCCCCGUAUUUCGGCUUAUACGGUAGCCACAACAGCGAGGAGCGUUCGUGCACAGAGUGGCCUUUUCUCGGCCUACGCGUGCAAUACUUUGGCUUAAUUAGAUUCCGAAGCGUAGUUUCGACAUCUUCCUCCUCGUUCGGAUCUACUCCCUGGGUGACAGUCUCACGCUGCGUCUGGAACUGGCUCGUCAACAGUCCCGGUCCGGCGUGCGGCCGUACGCGAACCUCGAUAAAGUCAGGGGUAUAUCUGGCAAUUCUAGGUUGGCGUACCCGCAAUGGAGCUGCGAGUAGGGAUCCCGCUGCUAUUGCUUCUGUGAAGGCAAUGGCCGCUUCUUGCUCCGUCAGGCGCUUCCGUCCACGCUGCUGCGCUCUGUAG